AGCAAAUAUUUCUGACCGCCAGUGAUAUCCAUGUGUCAACAGUAGCUACUUGGAGUAACAUCACAGCCAAAGAUAACUCUGGUAUAGUUAGUGUCAUUUUGAACAGUACAAAAGGAUCCGGAGCAGUCUUUCCAGUUGGAUCAACAGCGGUAACUUACGUCGCAAAGGACUCUGCCCAGGAAGCAAUCUGUACCUUCAAUAUUGUGGUAAAACAUUUACGAUGUAUUGAUCCUAUGUUUAUUGAUACCACUGUACGAUAUAGUUGUGGUGGUUAUACACGAGGUGAUCAAUGUAAUAUCACGUGCUUACCUGGUAAAUCUCUGGUGGGAUCAACAUCAAUAACAUGUGAAGACUCUGGUAGUGAGCCAUUAAAGGCCCAGUGGAACUUGAAUGGUAACGGGGAACCCACUUGUCAAGAUAUACCAUGUGUGGAUUUACUGGCACCAGUACAAGGAACAAUAACAUGUACAACGAACUCUAAUAUUAAAACUUGUGAGUUAAUAUGUAAUGGACAGUAUGAUUAUCCUAGAGAUGUUAAUACAGUUUUAACAUGUGAUAUAGAAAAUAAUGUAUGGCAACCAACCAAUAGACUACCUGAUUGUACAGAUAAAAAGUUUGCAACACACAUGUCUAUGGUGGCGGAAUUAGAAAUAAAUGACGGUUCUUGUACUGACCAAACUCACAUAGACCAAAUAAAAGCUAACUUCAUGAAUAGUCUACAUGAUACUGGUACGUGGAAAGAUGCAUGUUUACCAGGCAGACAGUGUUCUAUAGAACGUCUUCAAGUACAAUGUUCAGAACAAGUCGUCAGAAAGAAAAGACACGAGGAUUUUGAGGUUCGUCAUAUUUAUAAAAGACAAACACAAAAGGCCAUAAUUACCUGGCAAUUCCGUAUAGAUUUUGAUUUAAAUGGUAUGACUAUCGAAGACGCAAGAUUUGAGCACGAGUUUUAUCUUAGUGAACUUGCACUGGCCAUGGAGAAUGACAUCUACAGUGCGACGUUUGAUAACGCCUUUCCCGGAUUUUCUUUAGGCUUUUAUUUUUACCAAAACCCCGCCGAGUUUGUGUGUGGUGUGGGAGAAUUUGUCCAGUUUGACACUGGAACAUGCCAAUCAUGUGCAGUUGGAAGUGUGUAUAAUAGUAUCAAUGAUAUUUGUGAGGAGUGUCCCCUUGGUACUUACCAUUAUAACAGCACGUGCGUACCAUGUGACGGAGGAAAGACAACUCUACAUGCAAGUUCUCAUAACAUUAGUCGAUGCGUAUGUAACACAGUGUGA